AUGAGACGCUCAGCUCGAGUGCAGGCGCUGGAAACCAUCAAACGGCGCAAAUUGAGCAAACUGCAGGCAGAAGGAAGUCAUGUGACCUCUCACAACACUCCAGAUCACGUGACGCAGCACCCUUCGCCGCCCACGCCGGCUGACAAUGCGACAACGGUGGUUGGUCAGAAUGGACAGAGCGGCAGUAGCGACGGCAGCCACGCCCAGAGCACCCACGUGACCACCAGUGGGCCGAAUGGACACGACCCUACUCCCGCUGGAUCGAACGGACAUCAAGUCACUACCAACCUCUCCGCCACCGACGCUCUACCGCCACAGCAGUUUCGAACCACUCGGGCCCAGGCCAAGCUACUGAGUCAGCAGAGAAACAACUUCAAUGCGGUGCUUAUUCCGCAGACGGAUCUUAGACCUGUCAAUUCUCACAUGACUCCCAAGCUGGAUCAGUUCAAGUUCAGUCAGAAAGCCAAAGUUCAGUCAGAGUCGGAGAAUACAGUGAAGAUUGAGGAUGAGUUGGAGUCAUAUGACUUGUCACGUGACAUCAAAGCUGAGGAGAAGUCUGCGUACUUUAUCAAAACAGAACCUGUCAUCCCUCCCCUCAUAUCUGACAUUGAAGAAUGCCACACUUUUGCAGCGCCACAAGAAUUCAACGUGCAAGACAACCCCGAGGUGCUUAGUCAGCCAGGUCCACGGGGCUGGAGCACCAUUUACGCCCGUGUCAAGAAAAUGCGUGCUCUGGUCAACGCCCCUGUUGAUACCAUGGGUUGCGAGCGUCUUGUGCAAGAUGGAGUGCCUGCCAAAGUACAACGGUUCCAGUUACUAAUCUCACUCAUGUUGUCCUCGCAGACCAAAGACGAGGUCACGUGCCAGGCCGUUUUGAACCUGCGCGAGUUUCUCAAGUCACGUGACCUGCUCUUGAGCGUGGACGGGAUUCUGAGCAUGUCUGUGGGUGAAAUUGACGGUUGUAUCAGCAAGGUGGGGUUCCACAACCGCAAAGCUGAUUAUAUAAGCCGUGCUACCGCGUUGUUAGUCAAAGAUUUCGGUGGAGAUAUCCCGCCCACCAUCGCUGCUAUGACGUCGUUACCUGGGGUGGGUCCCAAGAUGGCUCAUCUUUUGAUGCACAGGGCCUGGGGUGUCAAUGAGGGGAUUGGGGUGGAUGUGCAUGUUCACCGACUUGCCAAUAUGUGGGGGUGGGUCAAGGGCAAGACUCCUGAGGAGUCUCGUGUUCAGUUGGAAAAGUGGUUGCCCCAGGAGCUGUGGGUCGAUAUCAAUCCAACUCUUGUCGGUUUUGGACAGACGGUUUGUCCUAGCAAGGGCAAGAAGUGUGGGGUUUGUAUUGUUGACAAGGGGUUGUGCAAGGCGAGACUUGUGAAGGGCCUGGAGUGGAAGGAGGAAAAGUGGAUGAAGGAGGGUUAUCGGAAGAUGAUGGUCGAAUAUGAGGGAGUUGAGCAAUGA